UCUCUCAGACCUGCUGCCUCUUCACGUUGGGACCACACAAGGCCUCAUGAGAUCUGAUUGGGUGCUGGGUUUUCCACCUUCAAAAAGAACCAAACUCUAAAUGGUCCUACAUGUUCCUCACAUCUGGGUCAGGAGGCCCCCGCAUGCCUGCAGCAGGGGGGGUGCAGGCGUCAGCCUGUCUGCCGUCAGCACGGACACAUAAAUACCUGGAGCUCCAGACGCCUCCUUCACUGUCGCUCUUCACUGCGAGGAGGUGAGAACGAGACGCCAUCAUGGUCCCACUGAGGCUGCUCUCCUUCAGCUUGCUGUUUGCUGUUGGCUGUUUCUCUCGAGCUUCUGAGGGAGAGGUCAUUUACGCCUGUUUCAAUGAGACCGCUGUGAUGUCAUGUGAUUUGGGAGCUAAGAUCCAGCUGGAUCACAUCCUGUAUAAGGUUGGUGUGGGGACCAGGUGUGGUGAAGGAAAGCGUUUCCCUGACGACGGACCUGAGACCUUCUGCUCCUUCCCCUGGGCGGAGAUGGUGGUGGAGGACCUGUGUGGCAACAAGAGGUCCUGCGAGGUCCCCGUCACCGAGCUGGUGUUUGGUGAAUACCCCUGCAAGGAGCAGACCAGAUACCUGGAGGUGUCCUAUACCUGCGCCACCCCUCCUCCACCUCCUCCACCUCCAACCAAACCUGACUGUACCAAACCAGGUGAAGAUAAAUCAGCUGAUGACGUCUGAUGAAAGAACCAAACUCACGAGUGAAAAUGUUUGAAACUAAUCUUUACUAUUGAUGGAUUUAACAUCAAUAAAAUCAGUUUCCUACUUC